ACUCAACUAAAUUUUGAAACGAUACUUUUGCCAAUAGUAAUAUAAGAACAUAACAAGACGAGUGUAAUACAGCGACAAUUAUGAAGUCAAGGGAAAAUAAAAACACAUGUGUACAAAGAGGCGAAUGUCAGUGCUCUCAUAUUGAUAACCAAACUGUAUCGAGUGUACAGGAGUCAACAAAAUCUAUGGCCAGAGACAGCGGCCACAAUCUUCAACAAGUAUCAAUAAAAGAUUCAACACUAACGAAAGAAAACAUGAUCAUAAGAUCAAUGAAAAGUUUACGUUUGUUGAAAGAUGUUAUCAUAGAAAAUGGUAUCAAAUACACCUUGUAUCUUUUAUGCUUCCAUCUAUUUGACGCAAUUUCUUGGAUAUUUCCUGAUUUCAAGGAACACAUAAAGACAAAACACGCCGUAACAUGUAAUGAAAAUCAUGAAAGAAAGAACGAAUGGAAGCCAAUAAAUCAAAAUUGCAGAAAACAAAGAAUGGGAAACCACAAUUCGAACGACAAACCGUUGAUAGAACCUCAAAAUGCCGAGAAAGAUUCUGAUUCUUCCAGAAAUCAAUCGAGCAACGGUAGUAAUGAGACAACAAAUAUGCCAAUAAACUACGAAAACAUUGACAGCUGUAUAUCGCACACUGCUUUGAAAAAGCCUAUGAAUAUAUCAACUGAGAAACAUAGUUUUAACAAAACGCAGUUCCCGAUAAAUAUAUCUCAAGAUACCGAACUGUUUGCAAAUAAGCGAAGUAAUGUUGUUCGAAAUAAAUUUCUGAAAUCGUAUACUCAAAAACAACGCAGCAAUUUCUGCGCGAAUAAAGGAAAUAAUGCACAAAUCUUUAAUCAAAAAUUCACUUCUUCCGAUAGCAUGCAUUCGUCAUCUUCGUUUCCUAGGUCUUUCACACCCUACAAAUACAGAAAAUCAAACCAAACUAAUUUCGUUUACAAUGGAGAAGACAGCCAAUUUUCUAAUGAUUCCCCAACUAGACCUUGGUUAAAAAAGAACGAAACAAAACAAAGGAAGGAACUAUCCAUCAAAUUUACUCCUACUAAUGAAAAGGAAAACUUUAUAUUUGAUGAAGAGAGGAACAAAAAGCACCCGGAACAGAGAAACGAAAAGAAAACACAAGAAGGCAAUUUCCGACAUGAUCCGACUAAAUACAAAUCGCAUUACUCAAGAAUAUUCGUGAGAAGUAAAAAAUCAAAACAAGAUAAUCUGAAGUAUAAAGAAAUGGGUACGCAAACAGAUAGCACCUUUUCGACGGAUAAGGCUGUUCAAAUGGUUUCAGUCGGAACGAUGUGGUCUGAACAAGAAAUUUACGGAAAUGCAACUCACAAAUCUCAGGAUAAAGAUACGGACCAGAAAAUAAAUUAUAUGGAUUAUAUACUAGAGUAUCAAAGAACGGCCGAAAAAUUGUUAUUAUCCAUACAUGAACAACUUUUGUCGCACAAUGCACCGUUUUCAUCGACAGAUUUUAGUUCCAAUGAACACACAUGUGCAGCCCCUGAUAGCAAUAUCGCAGCGAAUCGAUGGUCCACAAAAUUUACUAAUAACAUAAAUACCUCGGAAACACCUACUUGUACUUCUCCUGACUUUCCUGAAGUAUCACAUUCGCCGUCUUCUUCUACUGAUAAUUCUGGACAUAUACUGCUGCCUUCCGUAAAAGAUGAGUAUAUCCCGAAGUUUUGUACCAAACCAGUAAAGGUUACACCGCCAGCGCCCUCACCUAUCUGACAUCCUCAUUAUGAUCAUCCCGAACUUGUACAACUACCUACUUACAGUAAUUCAUCAAACAACUUAUAUUAAAUAUAAUUGUAGAAUAAUUAUAAUAUUCUAGAAAGUAAUUGCUAUCUGUAAUACUCUUAUCACAAGAAAAUUUGUAUGUUUAUAUGAAAAUUAUACAAUAAAUGAAAAUUUAUGAAAAAAGUCGAUGA